AUGACUUUCUUUUCUAUGGGCUGGAAAGCCCGUUUUUACAGAACAUGGUCCGUCCAAGCACUGUUCAAACUCGUGGCAAUUCCAGUUCUUAUAUUUGAAGCCCAUAUACACUUAGGAACAAGACCAAUUUCUGUAGUUUCUAAUUCCUCUUCGCUAACUAAAAAAUAUAUCCUAGCACAAACCAACAAAGACCAUCAGCAAAUCAGCAUACAAAACACAUCCAACACAAAUAAAGACGCUUAUGAUCGUCUUGGUGCUGCUUAUGCUGCUCGCGCUGCUCGUGCUCGUGCUCAUGCUUAUACUACUCAGUAUCGUGAUGAUGCUGAUGCUUAUGAUGCUUAUGCUCGUGCUUAUUAUGCUGAUGCUGUAGACCGGGAUGGUAACUCCUUAUAG